GUUAUAUUUGAUAUUUAAUUAAUGUGUACCGGACUGGAAAUUGACGAAUCAAAUUUAAGUCCUGUUAAAUAAUGCUCGUAACUCGUAGCCCGUAGCCCAUAGCCCCAAUUUUCACUUUUAAAAACCUGUCCAGUUUCAUUUAGUUUCAAUCGUGGCAGAGGAGCAGAACGACAGAACCGAACUGCGGAAGAGGAACGGAAAAACGGGGAAUUCCACAUAGAGUAGAGAAUAAUUUCACAUAACGAGAGUAUUUGCUUGUCAUUCGUGUGUCCAAAGUCAAACAACAUUUUGCGCUCGUAUUUUUAAUUCGAAAUCAAGUUAAAUCACGAUGGUGGAAGAAAUUCGUGUCAUGUGGUGCGAUGCAUUAGAGGAAUUGCUGCAAUGUCCUGUAUGCUUAGAUACAGCGCAAGGUGUAAAAGUUCAAUGUACAAAUGGACACCAUAUAUGUAAUCAGUGCAGAAUACAACUGCAAAUAUGUCCUAUAUGCAAAUGCUCCUUUAUCGUUACAAGAAAUUUGGUAGCGGAACAACUGUCAGCUAAAUUGCAGGAGAUUAAGUUAUCAUUAUUACAUCCGUAUCACGCACUCAAUAGAAGAAUCUUGCAUAAUAAAGUAUGUGUGGCUACUCAAACCGAGGCUGCUUGCAUACCUUCCACAUCCUCUGCUUGUCAAACUGAAUCUGUAAAUCCAUCUAGAUCUCUUAUUUUGAAAAAUGAACAACAGCUACAACAACAAAGACCAAUGAUAAAUUUAGCACCUAGAGUAGGAAAAGGAGUAUUUCCAUGUCGAAUCGGUUCCUGCACAGUGGAAUUACCACAUGGAAGAAUUAUCGGUCAUAUAAGAUAUCACCAUAAAGAUGUAUUUUAUGAGUUCAGCACAAAAGGUACUGUAUUUAAGAAAAAAUGGGACUUAGAAUACAUCAUAAAUCGGGAUUAUGAUUACGCUUUCCACAUCAAAGAAAUGGGACUUUUCUUUCUAAAAGUUGCUGUAAAUCAUAAAGGUGGUCUAAUAGCUUACAUACAAAUUGUCAAUUGUAUGACUGUGAGCAAACAGUUUGUUUAUACAUUUGAGGCAACUGGAUCAUAUAAUGCCUCUUAUACUGGUCCGGUAAAAUCGUGUAGAGUAAGGACGGAGUCUGUUUCCGAUUGUUUGCAUAUACACGAGAAUGAUAUGCGCCAGAACAUAAUAGACGAUCAAAACGUUUUUCAUUGCAACCUUACGAUAAAGCGUAGAAUCGAUUAUUCUCGCGAACUUUCUCACGAUAGACCAAUCGCUGCCAAAGACGACAUAGUGGAAUUAUUUGAUGACAUUUAAUUGAAGAGGCAAUAAUUCGUGAUAUUACAUUUAAAAAAUAUAUAUAUGCUAAACACUAUGAAUUUCACGAAUAUAAAGAGGUAAAAACUAAAUUUAACUUUAUUGUUUCUACUAAACAUAAUAUUCUUAUAUAAAUAAUGAAGAACUUCAUUUAAUUAUGUAAUAUAAAAUUUUUUAUCGUUUAUAGUACGUUAACAGCUUGUAAUAUUUUAUUUUAUGACUCAAUGUAAUUUUCAUUGAAAUAAGUAUGUAGCUUUAGAUUAUAUUUUGGUCCUAUAUAGUGAUACUGUCUAAUUAAUAGAAUAGAAAAGCAUUUGAGAAAAAAUAAGAUUCUAUCACAGAUUGCAGAAACAGAUGCAAAUAAUGUGCAAAUAAUAUAACAAUUUUUCAUCAAAUGUUUCCAAUUUAACUUCAUUACAAAAUCACAAUUAGACAGUUGUCUUGAAAAAAUAGGAAAAAGAACAAAAAAUAAUCUUAUUUUGUUUAUUUGCUACAUCUCUUAUAUUCUCUUAGUAAAAUAGAACGAUAUCAGAAUUGAUCUAAAAUGAGAAUUUUAAAAACUUGUUGUGACAAAACGAAGGAACACUUCGCAAUGUGUACGUAUUAUGUGCUUAUGUUAUAUAUACGUGAUAUUACUUACAUAUAUAAUAUUACAGAAAGAAAACUUGUUAAUGAAAUAUUUUUAUAUAAUGUGAAAUAAAGCUGUUACAUUGAAAA